AAGCUGUAACUUAGAAUGCAAAUAAACACACCACCAAAUGUGUAUUAAUAUGAAAGCAAGUUAGUUAUGUUUUCGACCACAAAGCUGGAUUUCUUCUCUAAACAUGCCUCCCAGAUCUUCGUACUGCAGCCAUAUCAUUACCAUAUACUUGAUCUGCCUGCCUCUUUCUUAUUCCAUUGAUUUCAACUAUCAAGCAGUUUUCAACUUUGGGGAUUCAAAUUCAGACACAGGAGGCCUAAUUGCUGGUGUUGGCGAACGCCUUGACCCCCCAAAUGGACAGACUUACUUCAAGAACCCUUCUGGGAGGUUCAGCGAUGGCCGCUUAAUUAUAGACUUCUUAAUGGAUGCCAUGGAUAUGCCGUUUUUAAAUGCAUACUUGGAUGCUAUAGGCAUGCCAAAUUUCAAAAAAGGAUGCAAUUUCGCAGUAGCUGGUUCUACUAUACUUCCGGCCACUGAAUCCUCUGUUAGUCCAUUUUCUUUCGCGGUUCAGGUUGCUCAGUUUGUCAGAUUCAAGGCUCGUGUUCUUGAAAUCCAAAUGAAAACCAGAAAGCUUAACAAGUACCUUCCGACAGCAGACUCUUUUCAGAAGGGGCUUUACAUGGUUGACAUUGGACAGAAUGACCUUGCUGGUGGUUUCUACUCAAAGCCUUUGGAUCAAGUUCUUGGUUCAAUUCCCACAAUUCUAUCAGAAUUUGAAUCUGGAAUCCAGAAACUAUACGAUGAAGGGGCAAGAACUUUUUGGAUUCAUAAUACAGGUCCGCUAGGUUGCUUACCACAGAAUAUUGCAAAAUUCGGAACAGAUCCAUUGAAGCUUGACGAGCUAGGAUGCGUCGCCACACAUAAUCAAGCUUCUAAACUAUUCAACCUGCAGCUUCAUGCACUUUGCACAAAAUUAAGGAUGCAAUAUACAGAUGCAACUGUCACAUUUGUCGACAUUUUCACAAUUAAGUCUAACCUCAUUGCAAACUACUCAAAAUACGGAUUUACACAACCCCUGGAAACUUGUUGUGGAUAUGGUGGACCUCCAUUAAACUAUGAUAGUCGCAUCGCCUGUGGUCAAACCAAAGUUUUGAAUGGGAAUUCAGUUAACACAACAGAAUGCAGCGAUAACACUGAAUAUGUCAACUGGGACGGGAUUCAUUACACAGAUGCUGCAAAUCUACAUGUCUCAUCACAAAUACUCACUGGGAAAUUUUCUGAUCCGCCCUUCGCAGACAAAAUGCCUUUCCUCAUUAAGCUUAAGUUCUAACGAAUUGAUCUAUACUGUUAUCACUAUCUGUUACCCCAAAGUGAUAUUUUAGUUGAUUGGCGAAGCAAAUUUUUAACAGAGGGAAUUGAUUGUGUUA